AUGAUUGCGAAUUUGGUGACGGCCAUGCUGUUCAUCGUCGGCAAUAGUGCGUCGUCGACGGGGACAUCACACAUGACUGUCUCUAAGAUGAGAAUAGCCGAUCUCGAGACCUCUGCAAGCGGAUACGCGUACAAUCAGCAAGGGGGUCUUCCGGUCGCGUACAUGCGGUACACCAAUCACGGAAGCGGACGUUACUACCAUGCACCGGCGCCAGUGCAUUACGUCGUCGGCAGUCCUGCACCUGUUGCGCCUGCCGUUUCUGAAACUACGUCGUCGCACGAACCCGUUCUGCUCGCGUAUGCGACUGCGAAGCACGAAAUUGCACCGUACGUAGUGCGCCAGCCUUACCCGCGCGAUGGAUUCAUUAAUUAUGGCGUGGGCCAAUUAGCGAAAUACGCGCAACCGCUUGAGCCGUCUAAACUAACUGCACGUGCACCAUAUCAUGCGCCUAAUACGUUUAAACCGAACGAAACAGAUAAAAAUAUUGACAAAAGAAGUGACAAUGAGGAGUACGAGGACGAUUACGAUAAUGAUAAGGACGAGGACGACGAUAAAAAAGAGAAGAAAGCUCAUGUGCCUGAAAAUCGCGAAGAAGCAGUUGAUUUUAUAGCAAGCCAUCCUAUUCACGGUCUCGACAACUCUCGUUCAGAUAUCGACGUUUCGUUCGAACUCGGCGAAAAGUAUUCGGCCGCGCAGAAUUCUGCUCAUGGAGAAAAGGGUGACAAAGGGUACAACAAACGAGUGGAAUUUGACGUGGGUGAACGCGGACAGCAUGAUAAAAACAGGCAGUUAGAACAUUACGAUACCAAAACCGAGCAUAAAAAAGGGCAUAGCGAUGUAGCUGGAAAUUAUGGACGCCAUGAUGAAAAUGAGAAUGGUGAAAAGGGUAGUAGCUAUGGGCAAACAUCGUAUCACAAAAAGGGACAAAAGACCAGUGGCUUCCAUAAAGUUUACCACAAGGACGAAUAUAAAAAACAUACCGAUUUUUAUGACGAAAAUCAUAAGAAAGGUUAUUUUGAUAAGUACUUUGCUAGUGACAGGAAUCAUAACACUACCGAGGGCAAUUUCAAGAAAGGCGAUCGUCAUGAAUUUGGCUUUAAUAAUGAAAAUAAUGGGAAAAAAGGAUUUUAUGACAAAGGACAUACACAGAAUCGUGAUCAAGGCUAUAAUAAGGAAAGAGGUGAAAAUUCGUUUCAUAAUAGUUAUGAAAAUUAUAGUUCCGAUGAAAAUACGCAUUUAACUAAAAAACAUGAUAAAGUUGAUUAA